AUGUCGGCAACCGCUUCUAUCGCCGAUACCAUAUACUAUGGUACAUUUAUCGAUACCCCACAGUUGGGCCAGCUCCGAAUUCGCCACCAGUUGGCGGUGAAAGUCGAUGGCCACGGCACCAUCGUCGCGAUCGGGCCGUUAGACGAAGUGAAGGCUACCGAUGACCUGGUGAAGGUGGUGGAGCUUGCCCCGUGCCAAUGGGUGUUUCCCGGGUUCAUAGACACCCACAUCCACGCUCCGCAGUACCCCAAUAUCGGCGUGGGGCUGGGAAUCCCGUUGCUCAAAUGGUUGGACCAGUACACGUUCAAAUUGGAAAAACGCAUCGCUGACGACAACCAGCUCGCCAAACGAGUGUACCACAAAGUGGUGCAAAGGACGUUAGGGUCGGGAACCACGUGGGCGGCGUAUUUUGCCACUAUCGAUAGUGCCACCACCUAUACGCUUGCCGAAGAGGCGUACGCCGCUGGCCAGCGGGCGUUGGUGGGCAAAGUGUGUAUGGACACCAACCCGGGCCACGAGGACUACCAGGAGCUGUUGGAGUCGUGUCAAAAGCUGCUGGCGUGGCUUGACGAUAAGAUCGCGGCUCUUGAUCCGCUGGGGAAGCUUGUGGCGCCGAUUGUCACUCCUCGCUUCGCUCCCGUGUGCACUCGAGACAUGCUUACCUGGCUAGGCGACGAGGCAGCGACGGGGAAGUGUGUUCAGACCCAUAUGUGUGAGAACCUCGACGAGAUUGACAUGGUGCUCAAGCAGUUCAGCGACUGUAAGCUGUACGCCCACGUCUACGACAAGUACCGCUUGCUCACCAACAAGACGGUGUUGGCCCACUGCGUCCACAUGUCUGCCGACGACAUCGCUCGCGUUAAGGCCAACCACAGUCUGGUGAGCCAUUGCCCUACUAGCAACACCUUCUUGUCGUCAGGUAACGCUCCUGUGCGCAAGUACUUGUACGACGACAAGCUCAACGUCGCUCUCGGCACCGACGUGCUGGGCGGGUACGAUGCACUGAUGCUCUCGAUGGUAAAGCAGGCGGUGCUUACGAGUCACCAGGUGGCGAUCACGCUGGGCAGCGAUAAGGACCAGCUCUCGGUGGCGGAAGCGUUAUACUUGGCGACGGUAGCUGGGGCGAAGCUGUUUGGCAGUGACGGCCGCCUCGGGCUGUUUGACCAGGGAAAGCAAUUUGACGCUCAGUUGAUCGAUUUAGCCGUGAGCGGGCUGCCGGUGGAUACGUUUGAGUGGGAAAACGACGAGGAGAGGGUGAGUAAGUGGGUGUUUGGCGGCGACGACCGCAACUGCGUGGCGGUGUGGGUCGACGGGAGACGGGUGGUGAGCAAAUAG